CCCGGCAGUUGUUGCUCUCGUGCUGAUGAAACUUUGCCGAAUUGCAUUUGCAGGGAACUCCGUCUGUGUUUAUUCGUACUCAAAAGCCCAACAAAAAUGUCGAAACGUGUGCAACCGGCGUGGCAAACCCCCCAGGCGGCGGUCCGGCCGAAGCUAAAGCUGUUCAACAGCCUGACGCGGCAGAAGGAGGAGUUCGUACCGCUGGACGGCAACAAUGUAACGUGGUAUAGCUGCGGCCCCACCGUCUACGACGCCUCGCACAUGGGGCAUGCGAGAUCUUACAUCUCCUUCGACAUUCUGCGACGCAUUCUGUCCAAAUACUUUGGCUACCACAUCCACUAUGUGAUGAACAUCACGGACAUCGAUGAUAAGAUCAUUAAGCGGGCGCGACAGAACCAUCUGUUCGAGGAGUAUGCCAGCGGGGCGGGGAAGCUGCCGCUGGAUCAGCUCCUGGGGCAGCAGAAGGAGGUGCUCGUGCGGUUCCAGGCCACCUGCGCCAAGAACACGGAUCCCGACAAGAAGGUGAUGCUGGACAAGACCCUGCUGCGAAUGAAUGAAGCCGUGGAAGCCCUCACAAGGGCCGUGAGCAAAGGAGAUGCGAAGGAAAUCUCCGAGAAGCGGCAACAUUACCUCAACGAAGCUAAGGAUCCCAUCUCCGAGUGGCUAGACUCGCAAAAGGGCGCCGAUAUCAACGACAACGCGGUGUUUGAGGCCCUGCCUCGAUAUUGGGAAGACCAGUUCCACAACGACAUGAAAUCGUUGAACAUUUUACCACCAGAUGUUUUAACCCGCGUCUCGGAGUACGUACCCCAGAUUGUGACCUUUAUCCAGAAAAUCAUCGACAACGACCUGGCCUAUGCGGCCAACAACUCGGUUUACUUUGAUGUGAACGGCUUCGACAGAAGGGAGAAGCAUCACUAUGCCAAGUUGGUGCCUGAGGCGUACGGCGACACCAAAUCCCUGCAGGAAGGCGAGGGCGAUCUGUCCGUGGCCGAGGAUCGGUUAUCGGAGAAGCGCUCGGCCAACGACUUUGCGUUGUGGAAGGCCAGCAAGGCCGGCGAGCCUUGGUGGGACAGUCCCUGGGGCAAGGGUCGACCUGGCUGGCACAUUGAAUGCUCGGCCAUGGCCUCGGACAUCUUUGGCCCAACAUUCGAUAUACACACGGGCGGUGUGGACUUGAAGUUCCCCCACCAUGACAAUGAGCUGGCCCAAUCGGAGGCGGCUUUCAACGAGGCCGAGUGGGUCAAGUACUUCCUGCACACGGGUCAUCUGACAAUUGCGGGAUGCAAGAUGUCCAAGUCGCUGAAGAACUUUGUUACCAUCCAGGAGGCGCUCAAGAAGCACUCGGCCACCCAGCUGCGACUGGCUUUCCUGCUUCACUCGUGGAAGGACACGCUCGACUACUCAGAGAAUACCAUGGAAAUGGCCACGCAAUACGAAAAGUUCCUCAACGAGUUCUUCCUGAAUGUCAAGGAUCUGACACGCCACGUACUCUCUGAAGAGCCCCGCCGGCAGUUCGAUGCAUGGACCGAAGUUGAAGCUGCAUUGCAAAAGAAAUUUGCCAGUUCUCAGGACCAAGUGCAUGCUGCUCUCUGCGACAACAUCGACACUCGCAGCGCCCUCGAUGCCAUUCGGGAGCUGGUUUCCGCCUCUAAUGUCUACAUCAGGGACAACAAGUCGAGACUGAAUAGCCUGCUGUUGCGUAACGUAGCCACCUACAUCACGGACCUCCUGCAUGUCUUUGGUGCUAUUGCCGGACCCCGAGGUGGUAUUGGGUUUCCGGUAAACAGCGGCUCUGGUGGACAGACAGCAGGCGCUGAUUUGGAAACAACUGUGCUGCCCUAUGUGCAAACUCUGGCCGAGUUCCGGAAUGUGGUCCGUGAGCAGGCCAAGGCCCUAAAGGCUUUUGACAUUCUGAAGCUAUGCGACGAUCUGCGCGACAAUGUCUUGCCCAACUUGGGCGUGCGACUGGAGGACAAGGACGGUGGACAGUUUGCAGUCAAAUUGGUUGACCGGGAGUCACUGCUGCGGGAGCGGGAGGCCAAGCUGGCCGCUGAAGCGGAAAAGGCUGCCGAGAAGGAGCGCAAGAAGCAGGCGGCAGCCGAGGCAGCGGCCGCCAAGGAGGCGCAGCGUCGAGUAAACCCCAAGGAGAUGUUUCUCGGUGAAACGGAGAAGUACUCGGCAUUUGACGAAAACGGCCUACCCACUCUUGACAAGGACGGUAAAGAGGUUAGUAAGGGACAAAUCAAGAAGCUGCAGAAGCUCCAGCAGCAGCAGGAGCAACGUUACAAAGAGUAUUUAGCGUCCGUGAAAGAGGUCGCCUAAGAUCAGAGCACCAACCAAGGCAAUGAUAUUAGCUUAGCAUUUAAACCAUUGUAAAACCUUAAUGCAAACCUUAACAAUAUACAAUUUAGAUUAAUGCAAGAGAUUUCAGUUCCCAGCUUAAAGCAGUGGCAAUAAAAAAGCACUUUUCUAUAA